CUGGCGGUUGGUGUGCGCGGUGCUGGAGUCGGGCGGCGGGAGGAGGAGGUGGCGGGCAGCCGUGGCGGGUUUUCAUGCAGUUCAUUAAAUCGAAGAGACUGGUAUCUUCUGCCCUCUCAUGAUCUCUCAUUUGAAGUACUACAGCAGCUUGAGGAUAUUGAGAGUACCAGUGGCUUGAGGAACAAGCCAAAGCACGUUGCAGAGCAUUCCAAAGAGUAUACAACUAGAACGGCACUAGAAUGAAUGAAAACAGCAUCUCCAAUGUCCAAAACCCACCCUGUGUCCUCUGUCAACGGACAGAUGACUGUCCUGAAAAAUAUGGAGAAAAGAGGAUUUAUGAGACCUAUAAUCUUGCAGUUCAUUACUACUGCUUGCUAAUGUCAAGUGGAAUUUGGCAGAGGGGUGAAGAAGAUGAAGGAUUUUAUGGCUUUUUAAUCAAUGACAUAAGAAAAGAAGUAAACAGAGCUGCAAAGCUGAAAUGUAAUAUCUGUAAGAAAAAAGGUGCUUCAAUUGGAUGUGUAAUGCCCAAAUGCAAACGAAGUUAUCAUUUUCCUUGUGGAGUUCAAAGAGAAUGCAUUUUCCAAUUCAUGGAAAACUUUGGGUCAUAUUGUUGGGAUCACAGGCCAGUCCAAAAACUUCCACCUGGUGAAUCUAGAGGCUCUUCACAGUGUACAAUAUGCUUGGAAUUCAUUGAACAUCUUCCACAGUACAAUAUAUUGAAAAGUCCCUGCUGUAAAAAUGCUUGGUUUCAUAGAGACUGCUUGCAGUAUCAAGCUUUGAGUGCUGGAGUAUUUUUCUUUAGGUGUACUGUAUGUAAUAAUAAAGAUAAAUUUCAGAAGGAAAUGUUGAGACUGGGAAUACACAUUCCAGAAAAAGAUGCAUCCUGGGAACUUGAGGAGAAUGCAUAUCAAGAUCUUCUGCAAUGUUACGAACACUGUGACAUUAGAAGAUGUCUCUGCAGAAAUGGGAGAGAUUAUAAUGAACCUGAUAGUGAAUGGGAAAUAAAGCGUUGUCAGUAUUGUGGUUCCCGAGGAACUCACUUGGCCUGUUCCUCAAUGCAGUCAUGGGAGCAAAACUGGGAAUGUUCAGAGUGCAGAAGUAUCUUCGCCAAGUCAGGGAAUUACCAAAACCAACAAAAACGCUCUUUGGCUACUUCAGAAAAAAUAGAAGGGAAUGGUUGUUUGGAUGAACCCUCUCCGAAGUGCCCCAGACAGUCACCAGGACCCCAGCACAGCUUUCUCGUCAGAUUUACCCCUUCCAGGUCACCAAAAGUACUGUGCCAAAACAAUUUGACUCCUUGUUCCCGGUUAGAUCAUCCAGCAUCCAAUAGAAUGGUAAUGUCCAUCUCGCCACUGAUCAGUUCUUCAUCCAGGAUUCAGUCAGUGAGGAAAAAGCAAUUAAGAAUGCAAAGAAAAGAAGUUUCUAACAUACUAAAUGAAUUAAGAUUACAAAUUAAUGCAAAAACCACAAGAUUGAACAUCAACAUAGACGAUAUCUGGAGUAGUGCCUUAAAAGGAUUCAGGGGUCGCAACUUCAAUCCUGCAAGCACAAUUGAAAUUAACUUCACAAAUCUUAAGGGUAGAUUAAAAACAGACACUAUCUGUGGAUCAAAGCACGAUUUUUUCCAAUUAUUAAUGCUUCAUCUUCAGAACUCAUCCCUGUUUGAGGGCUCGUCCUUAAAGAAUUUGUCUCUUGAUUCUCAAGCUCUGAAAGAGAAUCUGUAUUAUGAAGCUGGCAAAAUGAUUGCAGUUUCUUUGGUUCAUGGUGGUCCAGCACCUGGUUUCUUUUCCAAAACAUUGUUUAACUGCCUUGUUUAUGGUCCAGAGAAUGUGAAACCAACUGUGGAAGAUGUCACAGAUGUUGAUGUAGCACAAACAAUAAAAAUGAUAAAAUCUUCAAAAACUCUGGCUAACUUAAAAUCCACAAUAAGUGAGCGCUAUGAUUAUCUUACCGCUGCGGGAUGUGUAAGGCCUAUCAUGACUCUGUAUGAUAAGAAUGCCCUGGUGAAUGACCUACUGAUCUACCAAGUAAUUAAGCGAAUUAUUUCACCUUUUGAAAGUUUUAAGCAAGGUUUGAAAACUCUUGGUGUGCUGGAAAAAAUACAGAUUCACUCAGAUGCAUUCUCUAGCAUAUUGUGUCACAAACCUGAGAGACUUUCUGCAGAACUUCUUGGUGAUCUCUUUACAAUCCACUGUUCAUCCCGUGUUAACAAUGCUAAAGGGAUUGACUAUUGGAUGGGUUACUUACAAGAUGUGGAAUGUGGUGAGUCUGCAGCCACACUGGAAGAUAUUUUGGUCUUUGCAACUGGUAACACGUCUAUCCCACCCAUUGGUUUUGAGCCUAAGCCAUCAGUCAAAUUUCUGAAUAUAAAAUUCCCAGUUGGGAAGAGACACCUUAACUGUUUAGAGAUACCAAUAACAAACGAAUAUGAAAAGUUUAAAAACACGAUGGACUUCACUAUCAAGAGGACACUAAGACUGGAAAGAGAAUAAAUAUAUAUAUUUUUACUAAACUGGAUGUUGAAAAUUUAAUUUUUAUGUAUGUGGGACUUGUCUGCUUGCAAGCUGCUAUUAUUCUUGAGCAUAUAUUAUACCCCCUUUGCCCUUCUCGUUUUUUUUAUUCAGUGGUUCACUAUUUGACAAUAAUAUUUCUCUAGCUUGGAACGUAUCGCAUAGUUUCAACCCACCCCGACUUUAAAUGGCCAUUGUAUGCUGCAAACUAUUUGGAGAAAAAAAAGCCAAAUUCAUAUUGGCUUAACAUUUAUGCUCACAGAUCAAACUCAGUGCUUGGGUAGUUGGGUGAAGUUUUGUUUGGUCUUGUUUGUUUGGGUUUUGUUUCAUUUCCAGUUUAGAAAUAAAAAUACUAAUAGAUGAGACAUAAGCUUCCGACAUAUUUAACUGAUUAUUAGCGUACUCAUAUGAGUACGCUAAUAAUACGAGAUUCAAAGUGAAGUUCUCUUUAAAAAUAUACUAGAAGCAGCAUGAAAAGGUCUGUGGAAUGGCUGUAAUACUUUUAAUCUCUGUUAAACAGUCUUCCUGUCAAAAUGUUUUGUCCUGGAAUUCAAGAGGAGCUAGCAGAGUGCGCAAAAGUUAGAAAAUUCGUAGUUCAAGACUACCAAAUUGUGUAAAAGAUCAACCACGUUCAAAGAAGAGUUAGGCGAAAUAAUCAAGCAUGAGAACCAAAACUAAUCCUAAAUGCAUGAUAAGGAACUUUAAAAAGCUGAACAUGAAAGUGUUUGAUUUAAAAAGUUUUCUCAGGUCAGUUCUGUUUCUAAUUAGAGAAUGUAGUUUAUAUCUUAGGCUGAAGUCAGAAUAGCUUUCAGAACAGCUUGCACUAUAACUGCUUUUUAGCUUGCUCUUCUUCAGGAUUCCAUUACAAUCAUGGUCCAACAGUUGUCUAGAGUCUGAUGCUAAAUAAAUUCUUGGCUUCUGUUUCAUUUUAAACAGUGCUGGCUAUAGUAGAUGCUGUUUUAAAAAUAUAUAUAUACUUGCCAUUCUUCAAACUGUACUUUUUUAUGAAACUCAUUGUAACAAAGACACCACAGGUGUCUGGAUCAGUGAAUGUUUAGCUUCUAUUGAAGUGCACUGUAACUAAUGUAGGAAAUUGCUUGGUGUUACUGAUAUUAAAAACUACUUUAUAUUAAGAGGGGAGGACAGAUCUGAGUUGAUGCUGGUGAAUCUAUACAAAAAUUGUCAGUGUGAGAAUUCAUAGCAUGUAACUUUUUUACUUUUUGAUAAUGUCUUCAAAUGGUAAGCUUUUGAACAAAAUUUUCAUAAGAAAAUUGAAUUUAUACUUCAUCCUUUGUAAGUUAGUUGUUGCAAGUUAUUCUUCCUAUUAAUUUGGCUAUCUACUCUAUACCUCACAUUAUGCAACGGUCACAUUAUAAAUAAUUCCAUGUGGACUCAAGCUUUCAGGAAAACUGAAUUGUUUAAAGAAAUCAUAUUCAACCACUUAAAACUAUGUUUAUUCAUAACUAAUUGAAAUCAUAGGCAAGGAUCAUGUCUAUAUUAAACAUGAUAUAAGAAGUUCCUUUGGACUCACCUAAGAAAUCCAGUUAAGUGGGGAAAGAAAAUAAGCUCAGAUUUCUUUAACUCAUUUGUCUCUGGAGCACUGGCUUCUUAAAGUAGACUAGUUGCAUGGUUUUUCUUAUUAGCUACUAAUCUGUAUUUACAUAUUAGUUUGUACAAACCAUUGUAACUGUCUCUAUGCUGGAAUUAUGUAUGAAACAUGAAAUGGUCCACAAGACUUUCAUAAUGGGAAUCAAUUUUAAUGCAAGAGUGUGAACCUUAAGGUCGUCAGUAUUAUUGUAAAUAUUUUACGAGCUGAAAAAUGCCUUUAAUAAUUUGUAGAAGUUAUCCAAUAAAACACAGUAACGUUUUGGGGUUUUUUUGUAGCUCCUACAAUGCUGGAAGUGGUUCUUCCUUCUUGCGAUGGCUUUUUAUCAAGUGUUCAAGCUACAGACCUACUUCUGCUACUAGACUAGUGGUUCUCAGCCAAGGUUCUGUGGCACACUGGAGUACCUUGAGUUCAUUUCAAGGCUGCUGCAGGGUACCAUGCAAUGUUAGCAUUCUUAAGUGUGCAAGCACGAUUCAUAAGAUAAAACCAGAGCUUUCAAAUAGGAAUCCAAAGUGUCAGAAAAUUCCGACUGAGUUUUUUGCAAAAGAAGAAUUGCUCUUUUUUUCUGUAGUCAAAAAAUGAGUUAAAAGCAAGAACUAGCAUUUUCCAAAACACACCUCGAGUAUAAAAAGGUCGAGAACUACUGAACUAAGUGUAAAGCAAUGGUACUUAAUGUAUUAGGCUUUAUUCCUACUUAGACUUGAGACACCCCUCAAGGAAAAUGCCAGCUCUCAGUUUUCACAGUUUGACUAUGAAAAAAUAAUAUAACAAUGCUUCUGUUGCAAAGAAUUUUGAAAGACCACAACAGGUCAUAUGUAUUUUUUUAACACUAUAGAUUCUUAUUUGAAAUUGUUGGGUUUAUCUUUUAAAUUAUGUUUGCAUACCUAACCACUAAUAUUGUGUGGCAUCCUGUGGUACCCCUGAAAAGAUCUCAAGUUGUUGCAGCAACCUGGCUGAGAAUCACUGAUGGACAGUGUAUGUGACCUUUCAAUUUUUCAUUUUAAAAUCUGUGCAAUAAAUCUGGAUUAUAUAUAAGAUUACCUAAACAUUAGUUACAUUGAAGGUAAUCUCCCUUUCAUGGAUUUAAAAAGCAUGCAACAGGAGGACAAUUGCGAUUUUAAUCUGGUGUAGGACAGAAAUCUAAUACGCUCUCUAAGUGGUGGAAUCCUCUGAAUUUUCCUCUUAAUAAAAUAUGUUCCAUUUGUUCUGCUAUUGUACCUGUUCUUCCCAUCCCUUAUUCUCAAAUUUUCUUCUUUGAUACCUCAUACUUUCUCCCAAAAUAUUUCAAGCAUACUUCCAUUUCCUUACGUUUAGAAUUUAAUAUCUAGAUAUACCUUUUCUAUUCUUUCCUCUUACUAUUAUAAUGAAGGCCUCUGUGCUCUGGCAAAUUUGGUCUUUUUUGCAUAGUAAAGACACUUUGAUUCUGUGCAGCUCAUGCAGCUCAUGUUGAAACUUCUGAAGGAAGUCAUAAACCUUGUUGUUUUGAACUAGAUACAAAAAAUAAUGUCACAGUCACUGCAGUAUUCUUUGUUCAGUGUUGAUUAUGGAUUUCACUUAUUUUAUGAUUAUGUGUAUAUUUUUGGAGUAUAAAGACAGAACUUGUAAAAUUUAGUGGAGAGCUCAAUAUUUUGACAGGUACAAUUACAGUUUUUAGCACCUGAGAAGGUAGGAGGGGUAGUUUGGGACUGUUAACUGGAUACAACUUUCUUUUUAAAAGAAAAUUGGUAAAAUGUAACAGUAUUAGUAUUGAUAUAUAGAUUUCAGAAGCUUUUGGAAUUAACCUCAAAUUGAGAUGAAUGAGGCAGCUCACAUCUGAUUAAUCAACCUGGGUUUUGCAGUGCUGUCUUGUUACAAAGAAUCACAUCAGCAGAGAAUUCUGGUUUAGAAUAUGCAGGACCCUCAGUAUAGCUUCACAAGAUGUAUUGACAUAUUUAUGAAGAUCUGAGUUAUCACUUCUGGACACUGACUCCUGUUGAUAAGGCAAAAAAACCCCCCUCAUUCUACCUUGUAGAAUUAGUUUAUUUAAUAUUUUCUAAGCAAAAUUUUAGUUCUUGCUACAUUUUGAAUAUCUUUUGAGAGCUGCCCAUUAACCAUACUUAUGGAUUUAAUCUUUUGUCCAAGGUAAAAAUGCAAGUCUGUCAUUCCCAGCUAUGCCUUAUUGUCCACAAAUGCUAUUAAACUUAUGAAUAAGAUGACGUGUUUUUGUUAAAAGUACAGAACAAGGUUCUUCAUUAUAGAAAUAGUGAGCAACUUUUUUCCAUAGAGUUAAUCAGCUCCCAAAGGUAACUAGCCACAAAAACUAAAUAUUCUUUGGCAACUUUUCUCAUUUUUCCAUAAAUAUUUAAUUGGAGCAAUUAAGAAAUUGGCUUACGUUAAUCUCUUUUCUUUUAGAAUACAAGGAGUCAUUAUCCACUCAGCAGUCAUUAAAUUUGGAUAAAAUUGGAUUAAAUACAGGUUUUCUAAAAAUCCCAACACUUCAGUGUCACAGUUAAAGCCAGAAUAAUUCAUUACAGUCCUCAAAUCUAAUCUACAAAAACACAGGCCAUAGAACUUGCCUUUGUCAAGACCAUAACUUUUGUUUAAAAUCCAACACAUUUUAUAAGCUAUAUAUUUUCCCCCUGUAAGAAACUUUUCCAAGUGUUAUAAACUUAGAUUAGUACUAGAACUUAAAAAAAAAGUACUGAAGUCUUUUGAAGUUUUAUAUAAGUGAAAUAUCAUAGAGCUACAUUUUUAAGGCCUGUGAAUAGUAGCUAAUAUAAGGUUUCUAAGUGAUUGAGAAGAAAAAAAAAAUACUGUCUGGUGUUUGGUUUUGAUUUUUGUUUGUUUUUUCCAAGCUACAUAUUAACAGCAAGAAGUUGUCAUCAACCUUACAUUUGACUUUUGGGAUCUAAAGCAUUAAAUGUAUUGCAACUUUUAAAAACUGAUUUUUGUUAAAUAAUUUUGUCUAGGACACACAACUAGGAGUUCAGAAUUUAAAGAAAGUGUUUUUCAAACAUGCACAGCAGAAAAAUAAAUAAAAAGGGAGAAAUGUCUUAAUUAUUAUGAUGGGACUUCCUUCAGUUCCUAUGGCUAUACUUUUUAUUUCCUCUUUCAAGUAUCAGUAGAAUGGUAUGUCUUUUUUUCUUUCUUCCCAAAUAGGAAUCAAUACCCUUUUUUUUGCCUUUGCUAGCUAUGUAGCUAUGUGUUUUAAGUCUGCAGUGUUAUGGUUCUGAUUUAAUACGAGAAACUGAAUUGUCAAUUUGGUUAAAAGGAAAAUGGGAAUGUAAAUCUAGGUUACCAGAAAUAACUGUUUCUAAUGUUUAAAUCUCUUUUGAAAUACUGAUGGCACCUAGUAAAUUGUUCAGCGGCUUAGCAUAAAACAAAAUAAUACUUAGAAGGACUAAAAUCCAUUAAGUAGAGCAUUCCCUAUAGAAGUUCAAUAUUGUAAAUAUUUUAGAUAUGGUUUUGUCAUAACUAUAGAUUCAGUGCCUGAAAUCUGUUGCAGUUUCAAGUAGCAUUAUACUUGACAGCUAUAAUAUUGUUAGUGUUGCUCUCUGAAGUAAAUACAUUAAUUGUGGGAGAUAACUGUCAUAUGUAUAAAAUCGUUGAAGUGCAAUAAAGAAACUAAGAAUUUGAUUAGUAAA